UUUUUUCUAUCGCCGUCUAAUAUUUUCCUUUAUUUAUUUUCAUUACUCGUCUCUUGAGUCGCUUUCUCUACGGCUGGACUAGGAUUAGGGAUUUUCCGGUGAAAGGAGAACUCUAGAGUUAAAUCUACAAUCAUGGAUAUGAUGAAGAAGCGAAAGCUCGAUGAGAACGGUGGAGGACUCAUUACCAACGGUGGCGGAAUCAUUGGUCCUACUCGAUUGACGCCACAAGACGCGAGGAAGAUUAUCGAGCGAUUCACAACUGAUCAGCUACUCGACUUAUUGCAAGAGGCUAUCGUACGCCAUCCCGACGUGCUUGACUCUGUCCGAUCAACCGCCGACUCUGAUAUCUCUCAGCGGAAGCUAUUCAUCCGUGGUCUCGCGGCGGAUACUACUACGGAAGGUCUUCGGUCGCUUUUUUCCAAUUACGGAGAUCUCGAAGAAGCUAUUGUGAUCCUUGACAAGGUCACUGGGAAAUCCAAAGGGUAUGGUUUCGUCACUUUUAUGCACGUUGAUGGAGCUUUACUAGCUUUGAAAGAACCAUCUAAGAAAAUUGAUGGGCGUGUCACAGUAACGCAGCUCGCGGCAUCUGGAAAUCAAGGUACGGGUUCCCAGAUUGCAGAUAUAUCAAUGAGGAAGAUCUAUGUGGCGAAUGUUCCUUUUGAUAUGCCGGCGGAUAGGCUAUUGAAUCACUUUAUGGCUUAUGGAGAUGUUGAGGAAGGUCCUUUGGGUUUUGAUAAGGUUACGGGUAAAUCAAGAGGCUUUGCAUUGUUUGUAUACAAGACAGCUGAAGGUGCGCAGACUGCUCUUGCUGAUCCGGUGAAGGUGAUUGAUGGAAAACAUUUGAAUUGUAAGUUGGCUGUUGAUGGUAAGAAAGGAGGAGGGAAGCCUGGAAUGCCGCAAGCUCAGGAUGGUGGUUCUGGUCAUGGACACGUUCAUGGUGAUGGAAUGGGAAUGGUGCGUCCUGCAGGACCUUAUGGUGCAGUUGGUGGUAUGAGUGCUUAUGGUGGGUACUCGGGAGGACCACCACCGCAUCACAUGAAUUCCGCGCCCUCUUCAAUGGGUGUUGGUACUGCUGGGACUGGUGGAUAUGGAAGUGCUGGGUAUGGUGGACACUAUGGUGGAUAUGGAGGUCCAAGUGGUACUGGCGGCUACGGUGGACUUGGCGGUGGGUAUGGUGGGCCUGGUGGUGGAAGUGGGCCGUAUAGAAUGCCACCAAGUUCGACGCCUGGUGCUGGUUAUCCGGAGAGUGGGCAUUAUGGUCUUUCAUCAUCUGCUGGGUAUCCUGGACAGCAUCAUCAGGCUGUUGGAACAUCCCCUGUGCCAAGAGUUCCUCAUGGAGGAAUGUACCCAAACGGUCCACCAAACUACUGAAAAGGUUUGUGACAGCAUAUUGGGCGAAGAUGCUUUUUUGUGCUUAGUGGUGAUUGCCUGAUUGCAGCUCUUUAAUCUCUGGAAUGAUGAAUGUAUAGCUGCUUUGACCUCUCUGCACUUGACCUGAAUGUGCUUUGGUUGCUAUAAUGAAUGAUUAGAAUAGGAUAUAUUUAUGUACUUUUUAAUCAUAGAGAUGCUCGGCAGAUGAGUUUUGUUGGUCAGAUUAGUGAGUCUUCAAUAAUAUGUUGUAUUUGCU